UAUGCGUUUUUUCUAUAAGUUGCAUAUUUUUGAGACAUAGCGAAGAUAAGAGGGUGACCCAAGUGAAACAAUAUCGAAACGAUUUCAUUACGAAAAUAAUGGACAUAUUGCCAUUGAAUUUCCGAGUUUUAUGGUUCUGCGGUGCAUGGAGAGAAGAAAGCAAUAAUGGUCUUUUCGUUCGUUUUAUAAGUUUCUGCUACAGAUAUUCCAUAGUAAUUUUAAUAUACGAAUUCACGAUAUCUGAAGUAAUCGAACUUAUAAGAACUCACGAUCAUAUCGAAGAUCUAACAGAAGGACUCUUCCUAGCAUUAACUUAUGUAGCUUUAUGCAUUAAAUACGGAAAUUUCUUAGCGAGACAAGAUGAAGUGUACACAUUACUUGAUUGUUUUCGUGGCGAAACGUGUCAGCCAAAAAAUUUCGAAGAAAAGAUGAUCCUAAUUAAGUAUGAUCGCAAAGCUAAAUGGUGUGUUCGAGCUUUUAUGAGUAUAUCUCAAGCUACUUGUAUAGCUCUCGUACUUGCUCCUAUUGUGGGACCUCAAGAUACCGACAGACCUCUGCCAUUCAAGACGUACUUGCCGUACUCGAUAGUUGGUUUAUAUCCGUAUUUGGCUACAUAUCUUCAACACAUAGGUGCCAUAUUUUACGGAGUUUUGCUCAACGUCUCAUUCGAUUCCCUCGUCUAUGGCUUUACUCUUCAUGUUUGCGGACAGAUCGAAUUGUUAUGUUAUCGUCUGUCAGAAAUCUUCAAGGAUUAUCCUGAUAUGGCACAAUAUCGAUUAAAUUCGAAUAAAGGCGGAGUGAUUAGCCAAUGCGUGAGACAUCAUUUAUGCGUACACGAGAUCGUACGCAGAAUACAAUCGUUAUUUGUGUGGACCGUGAUGCUUUUAUUCAUGUUCAGUAUGGUCACUUUAUGCACUAGUAUUUUCCAAAUGUCCAAGAAGAAAAUUCUCAGCGUCGGAUUUCUCUCAUUGAUUUUAUAUCUCGGAAGCAUGUUAUUUCAAGUGUUCUUCUAUUGUUGGUAUGGAAACGAGUUACAAUUGAAGAGCAAGAGCAUUGGCGAUGCUAUUUAUUCGAGUAAUUGGACGACUGCCACAAUACAAGAUCGCAGAAGUUUACUGUUUAUGAUGUCCAUCAGUCAGAAAGGAUUGAAACUCUCUUAUUAUGGCAUUUUUAGCUUGGCUCUUGGCACUUUCACCUGGAUUUUAAAAACAUCGUACUCUGCUUUUAAUGUUUUACAACAAACAUCAAUAUAACAAGACCUGAUUUAUUAAAA